CCGGCUUUAUGGUCUCAUACCUUCUACUUUACAGCUUGAUACGAGUAUGUAUUGAAUUUGGUUCAUACAGCCAGAUGAUUCAUAACUGCCCCAAUAAUUAAAAGGAUUGACUUUUUUCUUAUAUAUUGCAGUUCCUGAAACGAGCAUGUCAUCAUCAGAGGCCUCAGGUUCUCUCCCUGAUGAUGUAGCAUGUUUGACAGCAGAAACAGGAAAUUCGAAGCCAGUAACCAAUAAAGAGAAAGGUAGGCAUACUAAAUGAUAGUGUUGUUUAUAGUAAAUCAGUUAAUCUGUAUACAUGAUAGUGUACUCUUGAUUUAUGUAUGUUUCAGUUAAGUGGACAAGGAAUGCUGUUCUAGCAUUAAUCACAUCUUGGAAGGCUAAUCAGCCAAACUUUCAAAGCACUAUUAUAAGGAAUGAUGUAGUAUGGGAUAUGAUCGCCCAAGACAUCAAAGAAACAGGAUUUAAAGUAACUGCCACUCAGACUGAAAACAAGUGGAAAAACAUAAGGAAAGCGUACAUGAGUGUUAAAGACCAUAACUCUAGGUCUGGAAAUGCUCCAAAGACAUGUAAAUUCUAUGAUGAGUUAGAUGAAAUAUUUUCUAAAUCACCAAGUGUCGUACCUGUUGCUCUUGCUUCUUCAAGAACAAAAAGAGCAUCUUCUACAUCUGUAGAAAAUCUUUAUAAUAGUGAUGAUGAGAUAUCUGAAGAAAUGGAGACUGAUAAAACAGAGAAGAUAAGUAAACAAGCAAAGAAGAGCAAACUGAAUAGAGAAUUAGAAGCUUGGUCUAAGACUCUUCGUGAAGAUGCGGAGAAAAGGGAAUUAGCAAGAGAAAAACGACAUGAGGCAAUGAUCGCUAUGCAGAAUAAAGGAAUUACAGCGUUUACUGAUAUCAUGAAUAAGUUACUAGAAAAGCUAUGA